CACACCUCCUCCUCCUCCUCCUCCUCAAAACAAAAACAUGAACACAGUAAACAUUCAGCUCAUGAUAAAAGUUCAAAUAAGCAAGACCAUCAUAAACAUUCUGCAGAUAAAAAGAAAGAACAAUCUGGGAAGUCACAUAAAAAAUGUGAAUCUAGUGGGCACAGUAAAAAUGAAUCCAGUGGGCAAAGUAAACAUGAAUCUAGUGGGCACAGUAAACAUGAAUCUAGUGGGCACAGUAAACAUGAAUCAAGAUCAAAAAGUUCAAAGGAGACUUCUAAGGACUCUGUGAAAGGAGAGAGUAAGAAGAGGGAUAGGUCGGUUUCACUUGACAGUAAUGGAUCUAAGAGGAAGAUUGUGGAUAUAAACUUAGACUUGUUUGGUAUGGACAGCGAUGAAGAGGACAGCAUUCCUCCUCUGAUCAGUGAUGAGGAGGAAGAGGAUCCAUACGAGGAGUGUCUGAGGAUUUAUAAUGAAAGUAACGUCUCCAAACCAUCACCCAAGAAAAAAAGCCGGACUGAAAGGAGUAUCAGUGAAGCAGAGCAGUCUGAGAGUGUAUCCAUCCCAGGAAAGAAGAGGACUGCCCACAAAGGAAGCAGAGAGGUGACAAGAAAGAUUCCUGAGAAACCUCAUACAAAGUUGUCCCCAGCUCAGAUCAUGCACAACAGAUUUGUUAUGAUGCAGAAACAGGCCCAGGAAGAGGCUGGGAGAUCUCAGGAAGCUUCAACAUCAUCAUCUGGAAAACUUAGGGUUGCUCAUCAAAGUAUCGUAAACCAGAAAGUAAAGAAUGGAAGAGAGGGGACCAAAGUAGUGGACGGAAAAACCGUCAUCGCCACGGCAUCCAAAACUCAAAAACGCACAGCUCAUGUACCUAAUGUGAAGAAUAUAAAGCGACCCACAAUUCCAGCAGAAUAUGGGAGCAAGGUCCCGAUCAGCGUGAGACAGCGAUAUCUCAACUCUAUCAUUGAUGAAUGCUUGCCUCUCUAUGAUAAUGAAGAGGAUGCUUUUAAAAGGGGUUUAGAGGAAGAACUUACAGUGUAUAAAAGAGCCAGUAACAAAACUGUCUACCUUAACGUUGCGUGUAACACAAUCAAAAGGCUCCGAACAGAGGCUGCAGAACUAACAGCCUCUCCAACAAAACCCACGUCCCCUCUGAAGAUGUCUCAUGAAGCGGUGUUAGGAGGUAAAAAUGCAACCAGGACGACCUACACCCUCAACAGGUCCGGGGGCUCAACAAAGGGACCCAUAGAAAACUUCAAAGGGAGUGAACUUUAUAACAGACUUGCCAGGUACAUCAUGACAGAGGAACAGCUUCAGGAGAAUGGAUUCCCUCGACCAGAUAGUGAGAACAGCUCAGUAGCCAAAAUAUACACAGUCAGUCAGCAGGAACAGAACAGUGCCAAACUUAAAACAUAUGAGAAAAUUUGUGUGCGAUGUGGAAAGCGAUUCAUGGUGUUUCCUAAUGGGACUUAUGCACAUCAGGAGGAGUGUAGUUACCACUGGGGGAAAGCUUGGAAAAAGAAAAUUGCUGGGUACAUUGAAACUAGAUAUACUUGCUGUCAAGGAGAUUUAGGGACAGAGGGUUGUCAAAUUGCUAAGUGCCAUGUCCAUGAGACCAAUAAGUGGGAGAACCGUACGGGAUAUAUGAGGACCCUCCCAUGUUCCCCCACACCUGAUGGAGAUUACGGAGUGUAUGCCAUGGACUGUGAAAUGGUGUACACUCAGGGUGGUGUGGAGCUCGCUCGAGUUACUGUGACAGACUGUGAGAACAACUCGGUGUACGAGACCUUGGUGAGACCAGACAGAAAAAUUAUAGAUUACAACACAAGGUUUAGUGGGAUCACCAAGGAAGACAUGGUGGGUGUCACGACAACCAUCAGAGAUGUCCAGGCCGUGCUGCUCAGUCUGUUCACAGAGAAAACCAUUCUGAUUGGUCACAGCCUGGAGAGUGACCUGGCAGCUGUCAAGAUUAUACAUGACACAGUGGUAGAUACAUCAGUAGUAUUCCCCCAUCGUCUUGGACCCCCCUAUAAAAGGGCCCUUAAAACACUGAUGGCAGAAUAUAUGAAGAAAAUUAUCCAAGAUGAUGUUGGAGGCCAUGACAGUCAGGAGGAUGCCAUUUCCUGUAUGGAGUUGAUGCAGUGGCGAGUUAAAGAAGAUGCUCGAAAAGAACCAAGAUGUAGCUGAUUCCUGUAAAAUAGAAUCACAGCUAUUGUAAACAGUUAAAAUCAGCCACAGUGUCUGUAAAUAGUUGAAAAACAGCCACAGUUUCUGUAAACAGUUGAAAAUCAGCUACAGUUUCUGUGUACACUUAAGAAACUGUCACACAGUUUCUGUAAACAGCUAAACAAAAAUGCAACAGUUUCCUUAUACAGUUGAAAAAUUGCCAAGGUUUCUGUGUACUUUUGAAAUAUCUGACACAGAUACUGUAUAAAGUUAAAAACUGACACAGUUUCUGAAACAGUAGAAAAAAAUGGACACAAUUUCUGUAUUCAAUAGAAAAAUUUGCACAAUUUCUGUAAACAGUUGAAAAUCUGCUACAGUUUUUGUAAACAGUUAAUGUAAGCAGGGAAAGGCCCCAAAAGAAACUGGGUUGCAUUGGAACUGAAAUUGACAGAAAAGUGAAAAAGGGUUGCUUUACCAUUAUAAAUCCUCAGGUUCUUUCAGAGAGAACAAUGCUUAGAAUGAUAGGAAGAUAUCUGUGUGAAAUGUAGUGAUAUUGAACUGUAGUACUUAACAGUAUUGGUUUACUUAAAUUUAUUUAUUUUCAUUCUCUGGGAAAAUGGUAUUGUUGAAUGGAGAACCUCUUCCUUUUGUAAUCCUUAGAUUUGACAAAAAACAAAUUGUUAUUUAACAAAAAUACAAAAUACUGUAUGUGUACUUUGUGCAAUCCAUAUCUUAGAUACAGCACAUUCUCUGACUCGAAUGGUCCAAAGGUAUUUCUAAAUUCAUUUUGCUUGUAAUUUAUAACAACAAUUUAUACUACCUCUCUUUUUACUGUUUACCUGCGUAUGAUUUAUUUCUUUCUCAGCUUUUUGGAUCUUAAGUUCCCAGUUAGUUGAUACAUUGUAAGAAUAUAAAUGUACAGAAAACUUCCUCCUGUUUAAAACUUGUAUAUUCUUGCUAAAAUAAAAAAAUACAAUUUUUAUCAGCAUUGACGUCUCAGUUGCAUUAGGAAGCAACUGUUUGAGUGACAUAUGGAAUGUGUCUGUGUUAUUGUUUGUAUAAUUUUGUAUCUUGUGCAGUAAAUUAUUGAAAUUAAUCAUGUGCUAAAAUAUUAUCAUGUAAAUCUUAAAGAAAUUGUUGUGUUAAAAAUUAAUGGGCAUCAUGCUAAUAAAGUUGUUAGUUUUUGGGCCACAUG